ACCGAAAGCUGUUGUGACAGUGUGCAGGAACUCAAUAUGUUUGCGGCUUCUUUGGAGACUGUGUUGUGAAAUACUGACAUGGAUUUGUAGAUAUACCUACUCUGUUACUGUCUAAAAUAAUGUGGAGUCAUUGAAGAAUUAACAUGUUUAUGUUGUUGGAAAUGUGACAUUUGUAUUCUGUACAUUAUUUAUCAAAACACUAGCAAUCUUUAAAGAAUUAUAAAGUAUGUUUGCCUUUGAGGGGUAUCUAGUAGUAGUUACAUUGAUAUACAUGUUAUUAUGCGUAUUAAUAUUCUAUUAAAGAACGAAAAAUGAAAUGGGUACAUCGUAUGAUCUCAGUGACAAUUUUGUAUGCAACAACUCUGUUGUAUUUGGUUGUACGGAUACAACAUAACGCGGAGUUUUCCAAAGAAUCGUUUCCAAUAAGCGACUGCAUCGAACCUCUGUCGGAAAACCCCAAGCCAGAAAAGAUUACAAACAACGUACCAGAAAAUGAUGACGGAAACAUUAAAGUAUAUGAGAGGAGACAGUUCGGUCCAGGAAUCAACGGGUCUGCAGUUGCUGUAGAUGAGCGAGAAAUUGAGCCGGAAGAUAUGCCACAGUUCCGAGACGAUUAUGCAAACGAUGAUUUUAAUGGAUACCUUAGUGAUAUCAUCUCACUACACAGAAUCGUGGCAGAUUAUAGACCUGACAUAUGUCGGGCACAGAAAUACCUGGACGCUUUGCCGGAAAUGGGCGUGGUCAUUCCGUUCAAAAACGAACAUUUGAGUAUUCUUCUGCGAACAGUGUACAGUAUACUGUACAAUACUCCAGAACAUCUGCUCAAGGAAAUUGUGUUAGUUGACGAUGGCUCCGUUAAUAGUGAACUAAAAUCCAUUCUUGACGUUCAUCUUGCAAAUCUGCCGAAGGUUCGAGUCCUACGACUUAGAAAGUCCGUUGGGUUGAUGAUGGCCCGGCAAGCUGGGAUAAACAGUUUGGACGCAGAAUACUUUGUCUGCUUGGACUGUCAUAUGGAAGUUUUACCAGGUUGGAUAGAACCACUACUCAGUCGUCUGUUAGAGGAGCCGAAAGCACUUCUGUGUUCCAAUGUAGGAUCAAUCGACAGGCACACGUUUAAGCUACAUCACGCCGAAAUUUGGCAAAUACUAUAUAUUUUCCCAUUUCUUCUUUUUAAUUUGGAUACAACUUCGGCAAAAUACAAAAAGUCUUUCGUAGACUCAAGAGGCAGCGAUGCAGAUCCUUUCCCAUUCGGGAUUAUUCAAGGUAUGAUGAUUGUAAUGAGGAAGUCUUGGUUCCAGCAGUUGGGCGGGUUCGAUCCCGGCAUGAAGAUCUGGGGCAGCGAACAGAUGGAACUCUCUAUCAAGGUAUGGACGUGUGGCGGGCGUGUUGAAAUGAUUCCUUGUUCAUUUGUUGCACACAUGUUCCGGCGGAAUGUCUGGAAAAUGAAAAAUGAAGGCGUGGCUAACAUACUUCGAGUAGCGGAGGUGUGGCUUGAUGACCACAAAUACAAGAUACAUAAAUACUAUCACAACAGAAGGAAACAGAUUGAUAUUGGUGAUGUAUCAGACCGGAUUAGAAUCCGCAAGGAAAACAACUGCAAACCUUUCAACUUCUACCUCGACAAAAUUCGAGAGUUUGCACAUUUCGAGUUUACCGAAGUACAACAAACAGGGGCGGUCAAAAACCUGAAAACAGAAAUGUGUUUGGACGCUUUACCAUCUAAAAAAGGCCCGAUACAAUAUUGGUGUCAUGGAGACGAACUACAGUUCUUUGAGCUGACAGACUCUGGGAAACUACGUUUCCUGGAACACUGUAUGUUGCCAAAGGGAAACAACUCUGUUCAGAUGAAAUUCUGUACACAUGAGAUCCGAGAUGAACUCGAAGCCGAAUGGGAUUAUACAGAGAGUAAACAGAUUAAGCACGUGCAAAGUGAACGCUGUUUAACGGCAGCAGACGACAAAAAAUCAAUUCAGCUUAACACGUGCUUAAACGACAAUCCUAACCAAGUGUGGUCUUGGUACUCGAUGAAAUGAGUUUGUUAUUUAAAUAGACUUUUUCAAAGAAGAAGGGAGAGUCACAGGAUACGAGUACUGCACAAGACGAACCAUCAGAAAUGGUCACGUAUUAAAACGUAUACAACAGUCAGUGCUUAAUGAAAUUGUCAUAUACCAAUUUAACCAGAUGAUUAAUAUCAUUAGUAUUUACGACAGUGCAAAAAUAUUACAAGGAAUGUUUUUACAACAUUUAGAUGCAAUGGAGAACCUGUACAAAUGUUGUUCUCGUAUAUAGAAUCCUGUAUGAAAGUGGUUUCUUCUUCUUUUUCAUAUAAUCACAUCUUACUUCUUAAUUAAAAUGUUAUUACAUGUGUAUCCAAUAUGUCAGACUGUAGUUUUUAUUAGAAUUAUAAAUGACUGGAUUGCGGCAAGAAAUUUCUUUGCUGGCUUGUUUUUGUUUUUCAUAAAGAACUCAAAAAACUCACAUACUCGGUACAAGUUCAGAACCACAUACACUAUCUACUGGUGUUCCUCAGGGUUCGGUGUUAGGUCCUUUUCUUAUUGUUUUAAUCCAUAUAAAAUGACCUACCUUUGUCCAUGGGAAAACACUGAUAUAUUUGCUGCCGAUGCAACCAUUUCAGCUUCUGAUAUAUCCCUAAAUACAGUUGUAAAAUCUCUUACAUGUAGGCGAUAUCUUAAAUGUCGGCACGUGGUGUGAUUGAAAUAGCAUGUCUGUCACAGCCAGCAAAACUAGUCGUGUGUAUAUAUCCUCAAAAAACAAACAAACAAACUUGUAUUUGUGAGAAAAUUGCUAUGCAUUGCAAUUGAUAUUGAGCAAUAAUUAUAUCAUAUCACUAAUACAUGUUUUCUUCUGGAACGGGCCAUAUGUAUUGCGAAAUAUUUUAAACAUAGGAAUAGAAAGAAAUGUUUUAUACGAGACAGUAAGUGUAACAAUGAAUUGCAUUUUCAAGAUUAUUAUCGAUAUGACUAUGCCAAUCACAUGAAAAGUACACACCACGCAUAAAGACGCCAUACUGCUUUUUUUCAUGGCGUACUUAACGUCACGUCUCUAAAUACCUUCGGUAGUUUAUUCAAAUUUCAGAUAUGACAGGUAAAAUAAUGUUCUUCAUGCAUAUUUUGUUAUCUCUAUUUUUAUGCCCCCGAAAGGAGGCAUAUUAGUUUUCAACUGUCCUUCCGUUCGUUCGUUCGUUCGUUAGUUAGUUCGUUCGUCACAACGUUAACUUUUUGCAUGAAGGCACUUUACUCGCGAACCACUGCACCCAGGACCUUCAAACUUCACUUGCUGAUAGUACUUAUUGAGUACACUACUCCUACUGACUUUGGGGUCACCAGGUCAAAGGUCAAGGUCACAGGGGCCAACGAUAACUUUUUGCAUGAAGGCACUUUACUCGCGAACCACUGCACCCAGGACAUUCAAACUUCACAUGCUGAUAGUACGUAUUGACUACACCACUCCUACUGACUUUGGGGUCACUGUGGCAGGAAAGGCCGUACCGGCGACAGUAACCAUCAGAACAAAUCAACACCCUUUACAAUAUUUACAAAUUUAUUUACAAAAGAUGAUUAUUAACAAUGAAUAGAUAUGAAAAGAAAAAAAAAACUGAUUAUAAGAAAGAAAAAAAAGAAAGUUCAGUAUCUCUAGAUACAGAAGUUCUUAAAUUCCAUUCUAAUCUGACGUGACACAGUUCUUUAAUUCAAUUGUGAACUUUAAGUAGCACAAACAAAAUGUAGCUUCUAAAUUCAGUCCCUUUAAACCGUGAAUACGUUGAUUCCGUGUUGGCUCCCUAUGGUGGUAGGUGAUUGCAUCCCUGAGCUGACUUCAGAGGAUAACAAAAAUCAUCGUCUUUGCGGUUUACGGCACAACCAUGGGACGAAAGCUCUGCGCUGGGAAUAUCACAUCCAGGCGAGUGAAGACAAGUGAACCUCGGGCAUUGUACUUCCGGGUUAUGACAUCACCAGGAAAAAUCGUCUGGCGGAAGAAGCUAAAAUAUAUAACAUAUGGUAAGCACCAUAGCAAAACAAAUAAAUCAGGGCAUAAAACUGCUCCUUUGGGUACACCAUACCUCCGUAGGCUCCCAUAAAUAAUACGUGCUACUUAUACAAAACAUAUGUGCUACUAAGUUCAAACGUCACAUGAUUAAGAUACGUCACUUAUUACUUCCAUUAUUACAAAGAUUACUUACUUAAAAGACUAAAGUUAAAGUAUGAAAAAGAUAUGAAAAGUAUAUGAUGAAACAUUAUAGUAAUGGAAAUGAUAAACUGCAGCCAUUAUUUACAACUACAAAUUAACAAAAUUCAAUGUAAAUCAAACGUUAUAUCAUAGUUGGCAUCCAUAUAAUAUCAAAUGCCAUACACUACAACGGACAUUAAUUAGAUGUGCUAUAGACUGGCACACAAUUACAAAUUACAAUAAUAUAUUACAUACAUGGUACUAGACUUGCCAUAUAGAUUUAUACAUAACAAUACAAUGCAGUAAUGGCGUUCCAUAAUUAACAAAAAUGUUUGACAUAAGUUUUUGAAACAAAGUACUUUAUAAAUAUCAUGUUACAAAUUUCAGUACAAAUUUUACAUCUUAUAUAAACGAAACAUUUUAGAUUCCUCUUUCGAAAUAAUUUACAAAAGUCUGAAAAAUUUAAUAAAUCAUCCUGACAUACCGAAACUAGCUAAAAUCAUAUGCCGAAAAGUAAAUGUUACAGAAUUCUGUAGAAUGAACAAAAAUUUACCAAAUAAAAAUCGUAAUGCAAAAAUCAUACAAAAAUCUAACAAAUAAAUUUCUUACCUCGAUCGAGCAUAAAUUUCUAGCAAGAAAAUAAUUCAGACAUAGAUUCGUCUAUAAAGUCGUAAGGUGGUGUGCGCAAGGCAUAACUAGUCUAGUCUAUUUAAAGGGUAAUGUCCCGCCAAAUACUAAAUUUCAUUGGAUUCACGGCUAAGCCGUGGACUCUUACUAUUUCUAUUUUCACGGGAUUCACGAUAUAGCCGGGGAAUCUAACUACUUUGGCGCGAAUUUAAAUUGACAAUUUGAGGCCCAUUAUAGUGGUUUUGGGGAUAAAAACAUAAAUUACUGAAGUUUAUAAAAUAUCAACUUUCUUAUUACUGAACAGAAUUUAAUGAAAUUUACAUGGAAAUUUAAGUUAUGAAAUACAGAAAAACAUGAGAGGUAUUUCAUGCGUGAAAUCUGACAUUUACCUCAAUAACUCAAAAAUUUACAAAAAGAUGAUGCAAUACCUGCAUUUACAAUACAUAUAAAAUAAGGCCCGUAUGUCAAUUUGUGACAGUCACCAGGUCAAAGGUCAAGGUCACAGGGGCCAACGUUAACUUUUUGCAUGAAGGCACUUUACUCGCGAACCACUGCACCCAGGACCUUCAAACUUCACUUGCUGAUAGUACUUAUUAAGUACACCACCCCUACUGACUUUGGAGUCACCAGGUCAAAGGUCAAGGUCACAGGGGCCAACGUUAACUUUUUGCAUGAAGGCACUUUACUCGCGAACCACUUCACCCAGGACCUUCAAACUUUACUUGCUGAUAAUACUUUAUGAGUACACCAACCCUACUGACUUUGCUGUAACACAAUGAUAGCUCGCAGGUCAGUUUUCCGUUAAUUCAUCAUUGUGUUUAUUUUAUCUAUUAUUGAUUUUGGUAGAUAAUCCUGAUAAUUCUUACAAAUGAUACGCAUUCUGUUUACAUGCGAAGGUCAUUGUUGGUAUUUACUACUCAAGCAAAUUUCGUAACAUCGGAGUGUUUUAUCCAUUACGUUUUGGGCUAAAUGACUUUGUUUACUAUUAUUAGAUCAGAUAUUGCGAAAUUCUCAAAUGAAAUUGAUUUGGUCAGCCUUAAUUACUUUAUUUUUGUUUUCGAUGGAAUUUUCAUAUAUUGGCCAGAAAUGUUAAUUACUUUGUUUACCUGUUCAGCAUAUUGUUGUUGUUUACAAUUUAUACAAAAUGAAUCACCGUUGAAUGUUUUA